AUGAGCCAGCUGACAAUCGAGGCUCCUGAUGAUGAGGCCUGCUCCCUCCUGCAGGCCCAGAAGCCCAUCCGGCCGUACAUCUGCUCGGCUCCGAAAGAGUUCCAGGAGGAGAGAGACUUCCUGGCCAGCCACAUCUUCCCACAGCUGAACGAGUGCUGCCAUGCCCGGGGCACCUUUUUCAAAGCCGUAGACCUGAGGUGGGCUGAGCUGGCGGCCCCCCAACCCCGUAACCCGGGCCACUUCCGACAGCACUGGUGUCUCAACUCCCAGCACCUCAAGCUGUGUCUGGACUACGUGAACCACUGCUUCCCCUUCUUCAUCGCCUUGCUGGGCCACACCUAUGGGGACUUCCAGGACGACUACUCCCCUUUCAUAUUCUCCAAGGCCACCGACUUGGCGGGCUUAUCCGUCAUCGAACGGAACCUCUACGUGGCUGGCCAGAACGGCUACCCCUGGGUCCUGGACAGCCCCGACUGCAGCCUGGUGGAGUACGAGAUCAUGCAGGCCGCGUUUCUCAGACAGUCGGAGUUUCAAUACUUUUACUUCCGGGCUGGAAACGCGCAGCUGGGGCCCUCGAAGCCAGGGGAGGAGGAAGAGGAGGAGGCGGUGAUGUCAGCGGCCCUGAUGAUGGAAGAAGAGGAGAAAAUAAGGAUCGGGAAGCUCAAGAGCAAGAUCAUCAACAGGGGCCUUCACGUCAGAUAUUACAAAAAUCUCUCUGAGUUGGGCGAGCUGGUCUUGACAGACUGGUUGAUCGUGAUAGAAAAACUCUACCCGGCCUCCUUGAGGAAUGAAAAUAUAGAUUACAAGCAUGACCUUGAACGUUUCUAUCACCAAGAAUUUAUUGAGAAGUGCAAGCAAGUGUUUGUGGUUUCCAAGGAGUCGAGCAGGACAUUCGAGAUCUUGGAAAAGUUUGCCUUAAGCAGCGUGGGAUUUGAUGAUCAGAGUCCCACGGCAGAUGCCAGCUUAGAGUCGCUCCUCAGAUACUCUCGAAUAAGUACCUUCCCAACCUACAAGUCCAUCUUGCUCCUGUCUGGAGAACGCGGCUGUGGCAAGUCCACCCUGAUUGCCAGCUGGGUGAAUGAUUUCAAGAGCAAGUACCCGGACAUGUUGCUCAUCCCUCAUUUCGUGGGCAGCACCUGUGACAGCAGCGACAUCAUGUCUGUCGUACAUUACUUUGUCACAGAACUACAGUACGAAAACUACGGCACGCUUCUGAAGACCGACAUCUUUGACAAAGAUGCAAGCGUCUUGAUCUUCUCGCAUCUCAUCGAGGCGUUCAUGGCUUCCAUCAGCUCCAAGCCCUGCAUCCUUGUUCUCGAUGGAGUCGAAGAACUGAUUGGCACUUAUGGGAUCUCAGGACAGAAGGCCAAGGACUUCUCCUGGCUGCCGCACGCGCUCCCCCCGAACUGCAAGCUGAUCCUGAGCAGCGUGUCCUCCAGCCUGUCCUGCAAGGCCCUGUGCGCCCGCCCGGACGUGCGGAUGGUGGAGGUCAUGAACCCCUGGCACGAGGAGGCCAGGGCCCGCAUCUUCCGGCAGCACUUCAUCGCCCCCAACAACAACUACCCCUUCUGCCGCUACCGGCAGAUCCUGAAGAGGAAGCCCAACCUGAACGCCCUGAAGCUGGCCGUGCUGAGCACCGAGCUCAACGAGUGCCGCAUCUACCGGGACGAGCUGCAGUGCCUGAAGGAGUUCCUGGACACGGGCUCCACGAAGGAGCUCUGGGAACUGGUGCUCAAGCGCUGGGUGCAGGACUACAGCUGGGCCGCGCCCGCCAAGGAGAAGGCAGGCGCGGGGCCUGCGGGAGAAGGGCUGGACGGCUGGGUGGCCAGCACCCUGAGCCUGCUGAGCCUCUCGCACUGCGGGCUGACGGAGGAGGAGAUCUUCCAGCUGCUGGAUGUGCUGGGCUACCGGGGCGAGCACAGAGUGACCAUGCUGCACUGGGCCGCCUUCCGCAACGCCACGCGCCAGUGGGUGCGGGAGAAGCCCAGCGGCGUCCUCUACUUCCAUCACCAGUCCCUGCGCACCGCCGUGGAGCACAGGCUCCUGGGUGCCCUGGUGCCGGUCCGAGAGAACAGCCUGCUGGGCUCCACCAGCCCCUCCGAUGAGAUCAUGGGCCUCUACAAGAUCUUGAUCGAGUUCUUCCGGCGGCAUACGGCCUACUGGAGAGUGUACCAGGAGCUGCCCUGGUACCUGAAGGAGAGCGAAUCCUGGGAGGAGCUUUGCACCUUCCUCUCCAGCCCCAGUGUCGUGGACCAGCUGUCCAAGCUCCCGAGCCCAAGCUUCUGGAUGGGGUUGCACCUCGUCCACUACUGGGACGUGCUGCUGAAAGUCGGCUAUCAUGCCACCCCGGCCUACCUGUCCACUGUGACCAAGAUCAAGGCGGGCCAGUGCCGCAAGGGGAAGAGGAGACCGGGACUCUCAGCACUGGAAUGCAGGACUUUUGAGGUUACCGGCGUGGACAAAUGCCGAUUACUGUUCUUCAUUGGUAAAUUUUUGAAGUUUCUGGGCAAGAUCAGUGAAGCGGAAGACCUGUUCUUGAAUGUCGAGAACAUAUUAUUAGAGCAGAGUCAGCCGGCGACAGAAAUACUUCUCGACGUGCAGAACACCCUCGGCGAGCUCUAUCUGGACAUCGGGAUGGCCCAGGAGGGCUUCCAGUACUUCGGGAAAGUGUUAUCCAACCUGUCGCUUAAUAACGUCCAAGGGAAGAAGGAGCUAGUGAAACAGAAUGUCAGAGCACUGAGCAACCUGGUGAAGUCGGCAUCUAAGGAGUACCUGCGGGAGAACCAAAUACUGGAAAUCGCCUUUAAGAUUUCCUGCCUGAUGGACAGACACCCAUGCGACGAGGCGACCAUGAAGCACACUGAGGGGGUGCUGAUAUUUCUGGCCGGAAACACAUGUCUUGCCAAAGCGAAGCUGUACGAGUGCUUGUAUAUCAGGAAGAGGCUAUUUGGUGGGAAGAGCAUCCUGGUGGGAGAAACGAUGGAGUUUCUGGCAGAUUUGCUGUCGUUUUCCCCAAGGGAUUGUGAGAAGGUCUCCAGGAAGCAGGCCAUUGAAUUUUACAAGGAAGUGAUCAGAAUUAAGGAAAAUUCAGGCGCUCACGUCAACUCCCCACUCAUCAGGAAGCAGCUGAGCAUCAGCCUGAGUGACACCCUGUGCAAACUAGCAAGUCAAUUGCUGCUGAGCGACUCUUCAAGUUCUAUCCUCACGGAGGCCACGGGCCACUUGUACAGGUCACUUGAUUUGAGGACCACCCACCUGGGCUCUGCUCAUCCCUCAGUUCCUGGAAUCCUGCACCUUCUGAGGGAAAUUGAAUCGAUGCAGAGCAAGAAAGGCUGGCCUCCAGUAGCGAACGUGAAAUACUGGGAGAGCGGUCGGAAAGGCGACACGGUCAGGGAGCUUCUGCUCCAGCUCAACUAUCACGCCGCCCGCAGCAACACCACCGGCCGCGGCUCUGCCCGGGACACACGUGCUGGGAAGUCCGCACGGUGCACUAAAGCACUGGACUUGAUUGCUUACCCGAUGUCAGAGAAAUCAAAAGGUGCUCCCGGAAAGGGGAAAACAGACUGGAGAUCCCGCACUGCCGAAGAGAAGACCCAGCAGAAGAUGCAGCAGCACAGUGGGAUAUGGGAGGUGCUGGAGAAGGAGGCAGCAGAGGAAACUUACUCCUCGGAGAUUUUACCUUUGAGGGAAACAGGUGGCAAAGCCCAGCUUGCACUCCAAAGGGUUUUUUCAUCUGGAACUUAGACAGGGAAACGACAAGUUUCUGAGGGCUGCUCUCUGUCCACGGCUUGCUAG